AUGGUAAUCAAAUUGGAGGUUAGUCUUCAAAGCUACUUUGAUGCUGAGACAGGUGAAUGCAAUACCAUGCCAAAUUUAAACCGUCUGACCCUGCAUGGAAAUCCUAUAUCAAAAAUUGAUGCAAGAAUUGAAAAGGUUUUUCCAAAUAAAUUCAUGGAAAUACGUCUAAACAAUCUACGCUUAUGCCAUCCACUUAGUAAUAUGAAAGAUGAAUUGAAAAAAGCACGUAUCCAGCCCAUUGAGCCUGAUAGGAGCAUCAGUAUUGGAUGCCAUGAAUUAGUUAAAUUGGUCUUCAACACUGACUUAAAAUAUCUUUAUUUACUAAUAUCCUCUUCGACUUUUAUCUUCUGCACCAAUGUUCUUUGA